AUGAGUAUUGGAUACAAACUAACUGCAUAUUCACUCUAUGCUGCUGUUAGUGUAGGUCUACAAACACAAGAUAUAAUAGAAUAUUUAAAGAGAUUGAGUAAAACAAGUAUUCCUGAUGGUAUAAUCGAAUUUAUAAAACUGUGUACAUUAUCCUAUGGAAAAGUUAAACUUGUUUUGAAACAUAAUAAAUAUUUUAUUGAAUCUCCAUUUCCCGAAGUAUUGCAAAGGUUAUUAAAGGAUCCAGUAAUUCAAGAAUGUCGAUUGAGGAAACUCGUAGAAGAUACAGAAACUGAUGAUGUUAUUACAAAUAUUCAAACAAAGACAAAAGUUCCUCAAUUUGGAACAAAAUCACUUGCGAAUACAUCUGUACCUAGUAAGACAAAUUCAGAGACUGAAUCUGACCAAAUAUCAACAGAAACAGCUACCAUUCCAGAAGAUAUAACUGCUUUUUAUAACAAAAUUGAUAAAGAAGAUGAAGAUGAGGAAGAAGAUCAAGAACUGAAAACAGUUAGUUUUGAAGUGAAUCAGGAGAAAAUUGAAGUUAUACAAAAACGAUGCAUUGAACUGGAGCAUCCUUUAUUGGCGGAAUAUGAUUUUCGCAAUGAUAGUAUCAAUCCAGAUAUAAAUAUAGAUUUGAAGCCAUCAGCUGUAUUAAGACCUUAUCAAGAAAAAAGUUUGCGGAAAAUGUUUGGUAAUGGACGAGCUAGAUCUGGGGUAAUAGUUUUACCCUGCGGUGCUGGUAAAAGUUUAGUUGGAGUAACAGCUUGUUGUACAGUACGUAAACGCGCUUUAGUCCUAUGUAAUUCUGGUGUGUCCGUGGAACAAUGGAAACAGCAAUUUAAGAUGUGGUCUACUGCCGAUGAUUCAAUGAUUUGUCGUUUUACCAGCGAAGCAAAAGAUAAACCUAUGGGCUGUGGAAUAUUGAUAACUACAUAUUCCAUGAUUACACAUACUCAAAAACGUUCAUGGGAAGCUGAGCAAACAAUGCGUUGGCUUCAAGAACAGGAAUGGGGUAUUAUGGUCUUGGAUGAGGUGCAUACUAUUCCUGCGAAAAUGUUCCGUAGAGUAUUAACGAUUGUCCAGUCUCAUUGUAAGUUGGGGUUAACAGCUACGCUUUUGCGAGAGGAUGAUAAAAUUGCCGAUUUAAAUUUUUUAAUUGGUCCUAAGUUAUAUGAGGCUAACUGGUUGGAAUUGCAAAAAAGAGGAUUUAUUGCAAGAGUACAAUGUGCAGAAGUUUGGUGUCCUAUGACACCAGAAUUUUAUAGAGAAUAUCUUACUUGCAAGAUGAGCAGAAAAUUGUUAUUGUAUGUGAUGAAUCCAAAUAAAUUUCGUUGUUGUCAAUAUUUAAUUCGAUAUCACGAAAGGCGUGGUGAUAAAACAAUCGUCUUUUCUGAUAAUGUAUUUGCAUUAAAACAUUAUGCUAUUAAGAUGAAUAAGCCAUAUAUUUAUGGUCCUACUAGUCAAAGCGAAAGAAUACAAAUUUUACAAAAUUUUAAAUUUAAUAUGAAAGUCAAUACAAUAUUUGUCAGUAAAGUAGCAGAUACUUCUUUUGAUUUACCAGAGGCUAAUGUUUUGAUUCAAAUUUCAUCCCAUGGUGGAUCUAGGCGACAAGAAGCCCAACGAUUAGGACGCAUUCUUAGAGCUAAGAAAGGUGCAAUCGCAGAAGAAUAUAAUGCAUUCUUUUAUACACUUGUAUCACAAGAUACAAUGGAAAUGAAUUACUCGAGAAAGCGACAACGGUUUCUUGUAAAUCAAGGUUAUGCUUAUAAAGUUAUUACAAAACUUGCAGGCAUGGAUGAGGAGCCAGAUUUAAUGUAUGGAAAUCGAGAGGAACAGGGUCAUUUAUUGCAGCAAGUAUUAACAGCUAGUGACACAGAUGCUGAUGAAGAAAGAAUACCUGGUGAAGGACCAAGACCAAUUGUUCGCAAAGCCGGUACUAUGACAUCAAUGUCAGGAGCGGACGAUGCUAUUUACUAUGAAUACAAAAAAGCUCCUGGUUCCUCAACAGCAAAUAAACAUCCCCUGUUUAAAAAAUUUAGAACAUAAUUAGCUUCAUUAAAGUGAUUUUCUUAAUAUUUAUAAAUAUAAAUAAAAUAUGUCUUUUUUA